AUGAACAGUUCGCGCGUUUAGGGAUACAUUUGGCGCCACAGACACAACACAGAGGAAGCACUGUCACUGUAGAAGUGAGAUUGUCCUCUCCGAGUUCGCUUUAAAACGUACAUUUUCACUCUACAUAGCUAUAAACUCAGCCUCAACAUGACUAACAUGCUGACAAUGGGAGCGAUAGAGGCUCUAACCAAAGGCUCUAAUGAUUUACCAAACCCCAUUCUUCAAUUAGUGAACAUCCGUAAAAUUGAUGGAGGCAGUGGACCAACCCGCUUUCGUCUGAUGAUGAGUGAUGGACAGCACUCAAUGUCCUCGUUCAUGCUCUCCACCCAACUCAACCCAAUGGCUGAGGACAACCGACUGGCCCCAAACUGUAUCUGUCAGCUGAAGAGGAACGUGACCAAUGUCCUAAAGGAUGGACGGCGUGUGGUGAUCAUAUUAGACAUGGAGGUGGUGAAGUCUGCUGAUGAGGUGGCUGGAAAGAUCGGAGAGCCCACGCCUUACGUGGAAGGUCAGAGUAAAGCCCCACAGUCAGCCCCCAAUCCCUCAGUCCACCCCCUGCAGUCCCAGAAUGGAAAUUAUGGCACCAUGAACAAAGGUCCCAGCAGAGAGUUUGGGGGGAAGAAGGCCAUGCCUCCGUCUGCAAUGCCCAGCACUCCUGGUGGAUCCUCCAAAGUCGUGCCCAUCGCCAGCCUCAACCCCUACCAGUCAAAGUGGACCAUCCGAGCACGUGUCACCAACAAGAGCGGCAUCCGCACCUGGAGCAACUCUCGUGGUGACGGCAAGCUGUUCUCUAUGGAGAUUGUGGAUGAAAGUGGAGAGAUCAGAGUGACUGCCUUUACCCAGGAGGUGGACAAGUUCUACAGCAUCAUCGAGACUGGCAAGGUGUUCUACAUCUCCAAGGGAUCACUGAAGAUCGCCAACAAGCAGUACUCGUCCCUGAAGAAUGACUAUGAGAUGACCCUAAAUGGAGAGUCCACUAUCAUCCCCUGUGAGGACACCCAGGAUGUUCCCAUGGUGCAGUGCAACUUCGUCUCCAUCGCUGACCUGGAGGCCCGAGAAAAGGACGCCAUUUUGGAUGUGAUUGGAGUGUGUAAGAGUGUGGCUGACGUGACCCGCCUCACCACCAAGAACAACCGUGAGGUCUCCAAGAGGACGCUCAACCUGAUGGACCAGUCUGGUAAACUGGUGGAGGUCACCCUGUGGGGAGAAGAGGCAGAGAACUUUGAUGGCUCUGGGCAGCCCAUCUUGGCCAUCAAAGGGGCCAAGCUGUCGGACUAUGGGGGAAGAUCUCUGUCUGCUUCGUUCAGCAGCACCGUCAUGGUCAACCCCGACAUCCCUGAGGCAUACAAGCUGCGGGGCUGGUAUGAUAAGGAGGGCCACUCUAUGGAUGGCCAGUCUCUGACGGAGGCGAGGACAGGUGGAGGAGGAGGGAACACCAACUGGAAGACCCUGACUGACAUCAAGACUGAGCACCUCGGACACGGAGACAAGGCAGACUACUUCAGCUGCAUUGGCACCAUAGUGUACAUCCGUAAGGAGAACUGUCUGUACCAGGCGUGCCCAAGUCAGGACUGCAGUAAGAAGGUGGUGGACCAGCAGAACGGCAUGUUCCGCUGUGAGAAGUGUGACAAAGAGUUCCCCAACUUCAAAUACCGACUCAUCCUCUCUGCCAACAUAGCAGACUACGGGGACAACCAGUGGGUGACCUGCUUCCAGGAGAGUGCUGAAGCCAUCCUGGGACAGAACGCUGCUUACCUAGGGCAACUCAAAGACUCGAAUGAAGCUGCCUUCGAGGAGAUCUUUCAGCAGGCCAACUUCCACACGUUCAUCUUCCGCAACAGAGUCAAGCUGGAGACCUACAAUGAUGAGUCCCGGAUCAAGGUCACGGUGAUGGAGGUGAAACCUGUGGAUCACAAGGAGUACAGCAAGAGACUCAUCAUGAACAUCAGGAAGAUGGCUGCCGCCCAAUAAGAACGAUCGCUUUGCCCCCUCGGCCUACGUACAAGCUCUUUCCCCUGAUCUGCAGCACUUUCCAACCUGCCAGGCUGACUGUGAACCAGUCUUGCGUUCCGUCCCAAAUGGUACCAUAUCCUGUAUGUAGUGCACUACUUUUGACCAAAAGUAGUGCACUGCAUGGGGAAUUGUGUGCCAUUUCAGAUGCAACCUAAAAGGAUCACUCUUCUAUACUUUUUAAUUUGUUUUAUUUAGGUGUGUCCAUGUACUGAACUUUGAAUAUGUUUUUUAUGCUAAAUGUACUGGUACUUUGUUUUUGUUUUCUUGGACCAACCAGUAAUCUUGAGAGUGCUGCUGGGCGAGUAUUAUAUCCCUCUGUGUUAUGGUGUUGUGUGUGGGGUGACUUCUGAAACUGCUGAUGUUUUGGGUGGUGGAUAAAAUGGAACCACAGAGGGAUUUUGGAUAAGGAGGGCUGGAGACGCAGAUGGGACGGUCUUAACCUCAGAAAUCAUCGUUGUGUGGUCUGUUGUAAGUCGGCCGUGUGUAUUGUAUAAGUAGAGGGGGGGUCUGUGCUGUAGCUAGCUCCCUCUCUUUCACGCUGUCGCUCCCACCAUCACUAUGCCUGGCCUGGACCUGCCCAUUCUCUCUCACUCCCUCACAGAGCAGGCAGACUUCUGGGAGAUGAUCUUCACUGUACUUAUGUAGAUACAUGGUUGACCUUUUGUCAUUAUUUUCAUAAUCUCUUAUUAAGUUAAAAUAUUUUGGACAUUUUUCUUUACAUCUAUUUGUUCAGUUUAUUGCAUAAAAAUAAACCUGUUUGUGAUCAAACGCGA